ACAUCCUGAGCAGCCAGCAGCCCUUGGCCUGUGGAUUCAGUUUCUCCCAGAAACCAUCCUUAGUAAAACUCAUGGUGGACCUGAUCAGCGAAGAGCCAUUGGACUCCAUCUCCAGCCCCAUUAGACAGAAGGCGAUGAACAUCAUCGCUGACUUCAGGCUGCUGGGGCCCCUUUUAGAGGCAGAACAAGGAGCAGAGCUGCUCCAACUGUGCUUCAAUAGUGUGUUCUGCCUGCCACCCCCAGACAUGUUGCAGAAGGACGCAUCUAGUCCCGAGGAGGCCCAGGCCAAUUUGGAUCUAUUUAACGGGACCAUGGGAUCCCUCCAGAGGCUCACAGAGGCAGUUGUGGCUGAGAUGCCCACACGGAUGGAGGACUGCUUGGAGCUUUUGGACCCAUGGCUUAAUUCCCAGAAGGACAGUGAGCGGGAACGGGCCAUGCAGUGUGCAGCCCAUGUACUUGAAUUUGUUGCAAUGAUGGAUAACUUCACGAUGCAGAUGGAGAUCACCCAGCUGGGGCACUGGGUAAAGCUGCUGGCCAUGUGCUGCCAGGACCCUGUGGACACCAUCUGCUCUUUGUCAUCCCAGGCUGCCUACAGCCUCAACUGUAUCCUCUCAAGAAAGAAGCAGAUGGAAGAGCAAAAUCUGGCCUUCCAGCAAGAAGAGGACAAGAAUAAAUGGGAUUUAUCUCCUAGAAAUGCCAAUGAUGUUGGAAAGGCAUUUGCACAGUUCUUCACCCAGCCUCAGCUCACCAGCCUGGUUCUCACAGCUGUGGAGGAACUGAGCAGCAGCAGGACCCAGUUAUCUCUGGCUUCAGCCCAGUUGAUGAGCGCUGUCAUCCAAGAGCGAGGCAAAGAUCUGGGGAAGGUUGAAGAGAUUGUGGAGGGCAUCCUGGAACAGCUCAAAUCCAAGUUGGAGCCCAGCACAAAGGAGGAGACUCUUCGGGCCAUGUGCUUGCUGGCAGGCAACCACAUCCACAUCAUGGUGCCUCUGCUGCUCAACAAGCCCCUCCCUUGGGAUAGAACCAUUCUAGCCCUGUGGAAGGUUUUUGGGACUUGGCGAGAGACCACAUUCAGCAUCCUGCAGCUCCUCACAGGCAUUUUGGAACAGCGCCACCAAGGACAAGAGAAAGAGGCGGCCUGUGCCUUGUAUGAGAUGCUGUCUGAGUCCCUGUGCCAGGACUCCAUUCACGAACUCUUCCCACGGCUCUUGCUGGCUGUGCUGUGUCAUCUCCACUGGGUGGUUGACAGAUAUCCUUCCCUGGAGGUUGUCUACACAGAGAACCAGAGCCCAGAGAAGGAGAGAAAGGUCUUCAACCCAGUUGGUUCUGCCUUGGAGUUGUUGAAGCUUCUGCUGACAGCUGCAUUUGGUGGAGUGAUGACCAGCACAGAAGAUCAGAAAUGCUGGGAACUUCUAUGCAACCCUGUAUCAUACUACUUAGGGGCCAUAGAAUUAACAAGUGGCAUUGUGAAGAACUGUGAGCCAGCCAUUCUGCAGCAGAUUCUGAACCAUGUCAAGAACCUCCUCUGCAGCCUGGAUAAUCAUCAGAAGAUCCUGGCCAGGAGCAUCUAUGCAGAGCUCCUCUGUCAUGAAUCAGUGACUGAGACUCUGGGGCAGGACGUUGUAGACAAUCUGUCCAGUUGGAUCAUGGAGCCCGACCUUGUCAUCAAGGAAAUUGGUCUUCGUGGGAUCAGUAAUUUAGCACUGCACCCAGGAAAAUCAGAAACUUUGAAGAGCCUGGUUCCCUUCUUGGAAGAACUCCUGAGGAAUGAAGAGUGGCGAGUGAGGGUACAGGCGGUGAAGGCCCUACAGAACAUCCCCCACCAUGGGAAGAGAAAGGACAUCAAGCUGGUCUUGGGUAGCAUCACCAAGCAACUGCCUGCACUCGUCAGUGAUGAGAAGGACGAGGUGAGGAUCUCAGCCACCUCUGCGCUGGGCCACAUCCUAACUCAAGUCAGAAAAUUGAAGCCUGGAUCUGCCCUCAGAAAACAGAUGAACAGCUUGUUAGUCCCGCUGUUGCUCAGCUUGCAGGACAACAACACUGAUGCAGUCAAGGCCUGUAGAAGGGCCCUGACUGAAUGGACCAAAGUGAUGGGGUUGUAGCGGUUGACACGCAUAGUCGAGGAUACCAACUUCAGGGACCACUUCCACAUGUUGGAAGAAACCUGCAAAUACCUGGUGAGUGAGAGUCUCUGAGGAAGCCAGGUCACAGUAUUCAUAUUAGGGACUCAGUGACAGGCUAAGAGAGUGAAGAGGAGAGAAGACAUCAUCUUUUUUUUCCUUGAUUCUCAUGAUCAUCAGCAAACUCUGACAACCCAUGUUUGGGAUGCCAGCCCUGGUCCUCCAUAGCAUCCCA